AUGAGCAGCGGGGCGGCGUCCGCGACGGGGCGGGGGCGGCCCCGGGGCGGGGGGCCGGGCCUCGGGGACCCCCCACCCAGCGAGACACACAAGCUGGUGGUCGUGGGCGGCGGCGGCGUGGGCAAGAGUGCGCUGACCAUCCAGUUCAUCCAGUCCUACUUCGUUUCCGACUACGACCCCACCAUCGAGGACUCCUACACCAAGAUCUGCACCGUGGAUGGCGUCCCGGCCCGACUGGACAUCCUGGACACCGCGGGCCAGGAGGAGUUUGGCGCCAUGCGGGAGCAGUACAUGCGCGCCGGGCACGGGUUCCUGCUGGUGUUUGCCAUUAACGACCGGCAGAGUUUCAACGAGGUGAGCAAGCUCUUCACGCAGAUCCUGCGCGUCAAGGACCGAGACGACUUCCCCAUCGUGUUGGUCGGGAACAAGGCCGACCUGGAAGCGCAGCGCCAGGUGCCCCGAUCUGAAGCCAACACCUUCAGCGCCGCCCACCACGUCGCCUAUUUCGAGGCCUCGGCCAAACUGCGCCUCAACGUGGACGAGGCCUUCGAGCAGCUGGUGCGGGCUGUCCGGAAGUACCAGGAGCAGGAGCUCCCGCCCAGCCCGCCCAGCGCCCCCCGGAAGAAGGCCAGGGGCUGCCCCUGCGUCCUCCUGUAG